AGACGCUUUGAGAAUGAUUUCCUAUCUCGUUGUCUUCUGUCUCUCCUCCCGUGUCCUCUGUGACGUCGUCAUGACCGAGGACAGACGUUUCUGUCCCGCGUGUUUGUGACAGUUGACUCUGCGGAGGAUUAAGAAGAUUUUAUUGAGGAAAGUGUUGUUAGCUGAUAGCAUGUAGCUUCCGCUAGUUUUCACAUUUACUAACUUCCUGUGCACGAGUGAGUCACGUGAUUCCACUCUUUGUCUCAGGUUUAUUUCGUCAUUUUUUGUUUCCAUUGAAAUGAACAAUUGUGACUGUUUUUAUAAACCUUAUCAUUUUAUUAUGAUCAUAACUUUAAUUUAACCAGGAACAAACAAUAUAUACAAUGACGUCAUCACAGAUAUAAAACCACAUAAUAAAAUCAAUAAUGUUAACUUGUAUAAAGAAUAUAUACAAUGACGUCAUCACAGAUGUAAAACCACACAAUCAAUCAAAUCAAUAAUGUUAACUUACAUAAACAAUACAUACAAUGAAGUCAUCACAGAUAUAAAACCACAUAAUUAAUGAAAUCAAUAAUGUUAAAUUAUAUAAACAAUAUAUUACAAUGACGUCAUCACAGAUAUAAAACCACAGAAUCAAUCAAAUCAAUAAUGUUAACUUAUAGAAACAAUAUAUACAACGACAUCAUCACAGUACAGAUAUAAAAACACAGAAUCAAUCAAAUCAAUAAUGUUAAUUUAUAGAAACAAUCUAUACAAUGACAUCAUCACAGAUAUAAAACCAAAUAAUCAAUCAAAUCAAUAAUGUAAUAAUCAAUAACAGCCUCAUGUUUCUGUUUGAAGUAUGAAGUCAGUGUUUUAACAUGAACUGACACAUCACUGCAGUCACAGACCGACAGGCAGACAGACAGAGAAGGCGUCUCACUGAAGACACAGAAGCUGUCUCACUGAGGACAGAGAAGGCGUCUCACUCAGGACACAGAAGCCGUCUCUCUGAGGACACAGAAGCCGUCUCACUGAGGACACUGAAGCCGUCUCUCUGAGGACAGAGAAGCCGUCUCGCUCAGACUCAGAACUGUGGAGGACUCACAGACUCACGUAGACCUGGACCCCGUAAAGGUCACAGAGCCGCAGAGAGUUCAUCACAACAUCUGUGACUCGUUCACAUUUUCAUAUUCACAUUAUUUGGACACAUUCAGAAAUAAAUUGGACUCUUUUCACACAAAAGACGACACAAUGCUUCACUCUUUAAUCACAUCUGUAUUUGUGCCGUUGAAGCUUCGCUCAUUUCCUGCUGCUGAUACGAGACGACACGCUUCCUCUUCCUGCUGCUGAUACGAGACGACACGCCGCCGCCCGCUUCAGCUUCUAUUGUGGAGUUAAAUGGAGGCAGAUUAUGAGCAGUCCUUCUCCCAGUGUCCUGCUGGUGGAGCCGUUCUAUGGCGGAUCACACAAACAGCUGAUUGACCUGCUGCAGGAAAACAUCGACGGCUGCGUCGUCUUCUCGCUGCCGGCCAAGAAAUGGCACUGGAGAGCGAGAACCUCGGCGCUGUACUUCAGCCAGAACAUCCCCACCUGUCCCACAUACAGAGUUCUGUUCAGCAGCUCAGUCCUGAACCUGUGUGAGCUGGUGGCUCUCAGACCAGACCUGGGUCGUCUUAAGAAGGUCCUGUACUUCCACGAGAACCAGCUGGUUUAUCCAGUCCGUAAAGAGCAGGACAGAGACUUCCAGUAUGGAUACAACCAGGUGUUGUCAUGCCUGGUGUCGGACGUGGUCGUCUUUAACUCGCGCUUCAACAUGGAGUCCUUCUUGUCCUCCAUCUCGCUCCACAUGAAGAAGAUUCCAGACCAUCGGCCCAAACACCUGGACCAGCUGAUCCGGCCCAAGUGUGUGGUCCUGAACUUCCCGGUCCAGUUCCCUGAGGUCAGCAGGCUGUUGCCCAAACACAAGGUGGCGCUGCAGCAGCGUCAGACUUGCAGUUGUGAGGGUGAAUCUGGACCAGGACCAGGACUGAAGCAGGAGUGUGGAGAGCAGAUGAAACCUCUUCACAUUGUUUGGCCUCACAGAUGGGAACAUGAUAAGAAUCCUCAGCUCUUCUUCUCGUCGCUGCUCAAACUGAAGGAGAAACAACUCGACUUCCACGUGUCUGUGAUCGGAGAGACAUUCACUGAUGUUCCAGAGGUCUUCGUGGAGGCCCGGCGUGAGCUCGCCGACCACGUGCUGACGUGGGGUUUUCAGGCGAGUAAAGACGAUUACCUGAGAGUUCUGUGCGAGGCCGACGUCGUCGUCUCCACCGCCAAACACGAGUUCUUCGGUGUCGCCAUGUUAGAAGCUGUUUACUGUGGAUGUUUACCCGUGUGUCCAAACACUCUGGUUUAUCCUGAAAUAUUCCCAGCUCAGUACCUGUACUCCACACCUGAACAGUUGUGUAAACGUCUGCAGGAGUUCUGCACAAGGCCGGACAUCGUCCGCAGUCACGUUGUCAUGGUUGACACUGACUCGUUCUCCUGGACUCGGUUAAAGAAUCACUUUCAGACUCUUCUGACUGAUGCAGAUUAUUUGACAAUGUUACCAACGCCUGUCACUGAAAUGUAACUACUGUCCUCAGAGACAUCACAUGGACAUGUCCUGUCCUCAGAGACAUCACAUGGACAUGUCCUGUCCUCAGAGACACUUCAGACAAAGGAUUGAAGAAAAAGAUUAACAGUGAAAUAAAGAAAACAAAAUUGAA